AUGAGAUAUAAUUUAUUCAGGAAAACUUUACUUAUCCUCUGUUUGAUUAUAUUCAUUUUUGAGAUGACAUUGGGACCAAAGUACGUGAAAGAUAAAACCAUCACGAAAUUUAGACAAUUAUAUAAGGCGUUUGAAACGGGCCUGCCUGUUGACAGCUCUCGAAGAAAGGGAAAAGAAAUGGAGACAGAUGAAAAAGGCUACAUUUCUGGUGUUUACUAUUCUAAUUGGUCACCGUACCCACCUAGAAACCACUUUCCUCACGAAAUAGACUUUAGGAUGGUGACGCAUUUUUUUUACGCAUUUUUUGUGGUCAACGCUGAUACAGGAGAAUGCCAGUCUAGCGACGAAUGGUCAGACUUCGAAAUGGAUUUAUUCAAACAGAUGUAUUUCCAGAUGUCAAAUAAGGGCCAAUUGAAACAUCAUUCUCAUGAAAUGAAACGGAAACUUCCAAAGGGUGUCAUUGGGGAGCUAUUUUACUUAAAAUACACUCAGAUGUUGUCUCAUAUUAACGAAGAUAGCGCAUCGAGCAACUUCAAAACUCUGAUGUCAGUUGGAGGGUGGUCGAACGGCCAAGCAUUUCCUGUUAUCGUAAGGGAUAAAGCGAAGUUGGAGGUAUUCUUGCAGACGUGCGUGGAUAAUAUGUUUAAGCUUGGGUUUGACGGAAUUGACAUUGAUUGGGAAUUUCCAAACGAUGAUGGAUUUGAAGCCGAACAGUUUCUUUUAAUGAUGCAGUCAUUAAGAGAACGCCUCAAUACCCUGGAACAAGAAAUAUUCGGCAAAUCCGAUCACAAACAGCAUUUCCUGUUGACAGCAGCAAUCCCCGCUACUAUAGAAAGACUAAAGAUACUUAAACUAUCCCAGAUGGACAAGUUCGUGGAUUUUUGGAACCUGAUGACCUAUGAUUUCAGUGGUGAAUGGUCAGAAAAGACGGGCUACCAUAGUAAUUUGUACAAUCCUCAAAGAAAUGACUCAACGGCGUACACCUCGGGAAACAGCGCAGAUGAAUCUGUUUCCUACUUACUCAGUCAUUUCCACCUACCAUCUAAAAAGAUCAUAUUAGGAAUCCCUGCAUAUGGGAGAGGGUUUACAAAUAUCAAAUUACACCCAUACGACGAUACUUUUGUGGGCAAAACAUUUAAAGGUGUUGGUGGAGCAUCUGAAGGGGAACCUGGAAUGUGGCUUUAUAAUCAACUACCAUUGGCGGGAACCAAAGAAAUGUUCGAUGAAAAUGCCGUGUCAGCAUAUUGUGUUGAUGUAACGAAACGAACGUUUGUGGGCUAUGACAAUGUGCAGUCAAUGAAAUAUAAAGCCAAUUAUGUUGUUAAAAAAAAGCUUGGAGGCGCCUUUUGGUGGGAAUCUUGUGGAGAUGAUCACAAAAAUAGCUCUAGAUCGCUUCUUACUGCUUUCAAUAAAGAGAUUAAAAGUUUAAGGAAAAAAGAUACGUCAAUAUAUGCAUUGCCACAGGUGAGCAAAUAUUACUUGACUAAAUAUUCCGGAGGUCACUUAUCGCAAGUAUUUUAA